AUGUUCGAGUUCGAUGCUCUAGCUGGCGCUCACCCAACAUCCGACGGGCUUUACCUCGAACGCCUUGAGGCCUUUAUGGACAAGUCGCUCGCCGAUAUAAAGACUUUUGCGGCACGUGAGAGCCGGUCGUUUGAAGAGACCCGACGUAGUAUCGCAGAAUGGCAUAGCAAAUAUCUAUUCCAGUCGCGUGCCCCGUUCUCUGUAGCUACCAAUGUCUCGCGUGAAGAGCGUUUGGCAUAUACCAAAAAAAUCCUAUGUGAUAUCUCUGGACUGUUGGAGACACUACAAGAAAUGUCUGGCGUCGAAUCUUUCGUCCUUGCUGUGGAUCCACCCGAACCAGGCGAAGGGUUUCUUGGAGGAUCUUUGCUUGGUCGUGAAUUCUGGAGGAACCUUAGAGGCGGCGGUGAUUCGGGUGCUCGAGCAUUCCGACUGCAUUGUACGAAGCGCCUGGUGUCACAGACAUCAAUAGCUCAGGGCUCUUCUUCGAGCACGGACCUUGAAAUUGUACAAAAACCGGCUCUAUCCUUGAAAGCAGAGCUUUAUGAAAAAAUGAGGAAUGCGCUUAGGACAACAAGUGGUAUUCGAAAUGCUGAAAUGAAAUGGACGAACCCAGAUCGACUUGCCACAUACGGUGUUACCCUUGUGGGUUGGCCAUCUACUAUACCGAUGGUUAAUCCCUCCAACCUGAAGGCUAGUCAAAACAAGGAGUUGUUGACCCUUCUCGAAAACGGGACCAUGAAAUUUGUAAAGAUAUACAUUUCUCCAGAGCAAGAUGGGGUACAGCCACCGACGUCUAGUGCGGAGGAUGGCCACGACUCGUUUUCGUGGGCUCUCCAUUUCGAUGAUACUAUGCCGGUAAGGUCGUGUUACCCUAGUCCAAACGCUAUUUACCAUUCUUCCAAGGACCUGGAUGCAGCUACAGAAUCACCAGAUGCCACGAAAAGACAGGAGGAGAUGCCUGGACGUUCAAGAUCCCCGGGUGUUUCAGAAGGACAUGAUGAGUGGAAUGAUCCUGGACGACCGAGAAAACGACCUAAGUUAUCAGAACAUGCCAUGGAACCGGACUCGAGUUAA